AUGAACACAGCCAAACCAGCAAAAGGAAUGAUACUGCCCAUCUCUUCAGAGGCUGUGUCUGGUCAGCACCUGGUGGACACUGAGCAUGCUGCAGAGGAUGUUUUUGGAUACAAGCCUGCCCAGGAAAAUAAACUUAAGUCUGACCUCAAGCGCCAGUUGCUGAGUCUCUCGACCUCACCACCUGACACAAUGUUCCUCCCACAAGCUCCAGCAUCACGCCUGGGUGGCCAUGAAGGGGAGGGGAACUCUGCUCUCCUGUCAGAAGGGAAACAGAAACCCAAAGAAGUGGAACAAUACAGAGACUUGAAGAAGUCCCACCACAAUGAAUUCAUAAUUCUCACACUGCAGCUAUCUUCCCCUGACUUUAAGUAA